GGUACCCUAAGGUAACGUCCCUUACGCGUUGUAACAUGCAAGAGACACACAUGGAUGAUGGCGUCUCUUCAUCUGCAUCUGCAUCAGAGAUCAGGAAGUCCGACCACCUAACAAUCUCGCUUGCACGUCUUAAGAUCCACGGUUGAGUCGUUCAAAGUUACCAUCACUAGAUCAUCUGUUUUCGGCUGUGGGUCACCGAUCUAGACAGACACGCGGCAAGGGGGAUUCAGAGACAUGACACCUCAACCUCAGCUACCUUAGGUCGUACUGUUACAUCAACAGCGAGAGAUCUCUUCAAGGGAUCAUUAGCGCGGGACAGAGGAGAGAGCCAGCUUUGACGCAGGAAAAGCCCACGUCAAGUUCAUUUCACAUACGACGCAAACACACAGUUCGGCUGUCAACCGAAAUCAUGGACGAUUCCAUCGAGCCCAGCCACGACGAGAAGACGGCCAAUGAGAACGGUCUAUCUGAUGCAGAAGACGAUAAGAAGGACUUCAUUCUAGAAGCAUGCCGUCAAAGGGAUCUCGACGCAUUGAGGAUUAUUGCACAGUCACCGGGAGGUUUCUUGACAGACAGUAUCCGUCAGCAGGCAUGGCCACUCCUGUUGGGCCUUUCACCCAGCUCGGACGACAAGUCCGAAUCUGACGGGGCGGUCUCCUCCUCUUGGAAAUCCCUCCCGCGCCACAAGGAUGAGGACCAAGUCCAGCUCGACGUCAACCGCGCCUUCAUCUACUACCCGCCAAACCAAACCCCAUCCCAGCUCGCUCACCAAAAGGAUCUCCUCUCCACCCUCAUCGUCUCGCUCCUCCGCCACCACCCCUACCUGUGCUACUUCCAAGGCUACCACGACAUAGCCCAAGUCCUGCUCCUCAUCCUGCCCCCGAGCCUCCACCUCCCGGCGCUAACCCGCCUCUCACACCUUCACAUCCGCGACUUCAUGCUGCCGUCCCUCUCCCCAGCCAUCGCCCAGCUCCGCCUCAUCCCUGCCAUCCUCUCCCUCGCCGACCCGGCCCUGUGGCACCACUUGUCCCUCACCCAGCCCUUCUUCGCCCUGUCCGGCACGCUGACCAUGUACGCGCACGACAUCACCACCCUGGGCGAGAUCACGCGCUUGUUCGACGUGCUCCUCGCGCGCGACCCCGUCUUCACCGUCUACCUCUUCGCCGCCAUCAUCCUGUCCCGCCGACGAGAGCUCUUCGACACUCCCCGCGACGAGCCCGAGAUGUUGCACAGCAUCCUGUCCAAACUGCCCUCCCCGCUGGAUCUGGAGGGGCUGAUUGCCUCGGCGGUGGAGUUGGAAGGGCUAUUCCCGCCCGAGACGCUGCCCGCGUGGCGGAGGGCGGUAUCGAGGUGGAGCGUGCUCAAGACUGCGAGACGGCGGAAGGAUGGUGGGGGGAUGCAGGAUGCGCAGGUUGGCGUGGAACAGGGGCGGGUGUGGUUCGAGAACCAGGUCGAGGAGUUGCGGUGGGAGGAAAGGAAAGUAAAGGCCCGGAAGUGGGUUUGGAAGCAUCGGCGGCCGGCGGGCAUGGUUGGGGCGGCCGUAUUGGUCGGUGUGUUGGCCGUGCUGUUGCAGAAGGGCCCGUUGCCCGGUCCGGUGGUGUCUGGGCUGGGGUAUGUAUCGGGGCUGUUGGCGAGGUGGCGGCGGUAAAUUCUGUUGCCUGCGUUGUUAUCUUUGGUUAGAUUACGAUGACAUCCGGCUCAGGCCCGGUAUGUGGAAUUUGAUGGGCAAGAUUCGCAAACCACCUGAGAAGCCUGGCGGAUAUUCAUUGAUCCAUCAACGGGUUAUCCUCCCUUUUGAUUACCUUUCACACCAGAGUGGGAAAAGAAAGACAACCCCUAACGCCGGGCCUCGCCUUGGCUACCCAGCCUCCUGAUACCCAGUCUUCAACGCCUCAAAAUGCUCCUGCUCCUCCAACGCCAGCUUCCCGCUCACAUCGCUGAUAAUUGUCAAAAUCAAGCUAUAAUUGUUAUACAGAAACCGAUCACGCUUCCUCUUAUCCGGCCCAAACGAAGCCUGACUGGCCUUCGCCAAGAACGUCUCGACCUCGUUCCGCAACCUCCUCAG